AUGGCUCCGGAUUACGAAAUGAUAUACCAAACACUCAAAAGUAUUUUGGAGAAGUCUGGUGGAGGAUGGAUGGACCCUUAUGAUUGGGAAACGGAAACUUUACCGAGUUAUACAAAGUGGAAAGAAGAAAAAAACAAACAAAAAAUCAUUUAUAAAUGGGAAGAUAACACUGAUUUCUUCAAGACGGACUUUGGACUUCAGACGGAUCCUUGGGAGUAUUUACCUCGACCAAUGAAGAGAGUUAGAUCAAAUGAAUUAAUUGAUAAAGAGAAGGAGAAAGCCAAAGAGAAGGAAAAGGAAAAGAUCGAUAAACCGUCAAAGGAAGGACAGAAGAAAGGAUCGAAGGACGACGUCAAGGAGGGCAUGAAGAAGGGAUCGAAAGAUGAGGUUAAGGAAAAUAAUAAAGAAGCAUACAGAAAAGGAUCGAAGGACGAUCUUAGAGAGAAGGAAAAAGAAGGAGAAAAGAAGGAGGAUGAGAGGAAAGAGGAAAGGAAGGAGGAAGAAGAAAGGAAAGACGAGAAUAAGGACGAGAAGAAACAGAUUCCGAUGCGUUGGAAAAUUAAUCAGACGAGAAAGCUUUCGAGGGAACAAAUCACAGCGGAUGACGUCGCCGACGAUUAUGUGUACUGUCCUCCACCUCCUCGUCGAUCAGGCAUUUCAUCGAGAUCAAGUCCAAGUCCAGUCAGUGUUAUGAACAUGAGUGCCGAGAUUGUCAAUCUGUCGAUCCAACAGAAUAUCGACGAAGUGAUUGAACAGGGUUCGAAAGCAAAUGGUACAACCCCAGUUCUACUAAGAAAAGCAUCGACAAAGAAGAAGAAGAAAUCGGGACGAUCGGAAAGAAAAGGAGGUUUUACUCGAAUGAUUAAGGCAAUCGUGAAAAAGAAGUAG